CUGCCCGAUAUACAAAAAUACAAAAUUCAUUCAAAAUUAUUUUUCAAUCGAUCUUUCCUUUUCCCCCAUUGGUGCCUUAACCAAGUCGAAGCCGGAAGAAUAUAAAGAUUAUCCACAAAAAACAGGAGAGUAUAAGAGGCGAGAGCUUUGGUUAUGGUGGUGAAGAUCAAGGAGGAAAAAACUUUUUUAUUGCUCUAACUUUUUUAUAUAUAUAAAGUAUGACUGGGAUUGCGAUUGUGUUGGAUCUGCUUCGGAAAAACCCAAGCUUCAGUGGCCAGACCCUCCACUCUUAUGGCGUCUUCUCAGCUAAACUCGCCGCAUCUGCUGCCGCAGCUUCUAUUGGUGCAACCACUCCUUUUGCUUAUAGGGCCUUUCUCGGUAACACUGGGACAAGAGUUGCACUUUGCGAUGCUGGCACUGGAUUCACCGAUGAUUACAUAUCUAGCUUAAAAAGUGAUUCAACAGUUAACCUAGAAGCAUACAGUUCCAAAGUAUACUUCAUUGAGCAAAAACCAUUGCUUUCGGCAUUUUAUUGGAGAAAUUUUGCCCUUACAUCCUUGAGGUCUCUCCUAUUAUUUUACUUGCCUCUUCUGGAGCCCCAUGCAAAGAUGGAGGAUGAUGAUGAGGACGAUGAAGACUUUCUACAAGACUCUCAGGAAGAGCAGCGUGUUGAUUUGAUUACUCCUUUAAAGAAGUCGGCUAAACAAAUUUGUCGUGAGACCACAGUUGUAACUACUAGACGUGUGUUGGAAAGACUUGCUGUCCAUUAUGUCUCGCAGCGCAUGGCAUGGAAACUCCUCAAAGAUGUUCCCAGGUCAGCUGUUCGCAAGGCUGGAAGAGGAAUGCCAACUUUGGUCUACAUAUACAGUGUUACCAGAACAACUUUCAGAGGUCAUUGCCUUGGAGUCCUGGCAUCUUGGAUUGUCCAAGUUGGGAUAGAUAUAUGCCGACUCUUUAGAUCAAAGGAUGACAGCGAAGAAAAAGUUAUGCUGCUUGGAAAGAAGGUUUACAUUGCUACUGUUAGGUGUGGUGCAUCUCUUGUUUUCGCGUCAAUCGGGGCCGGAAUAGGAGCUUCAUUCCUUCGCCCUUCAACCGGCCAGUGGAUAGGAUGUGCAAUCGGGGAUGUGGCUGGACCCGUCAUUGUUUCAAUGUGCUUCGAGAAAGUUCUUCAUCUCGAACUUUAAUCAUUGAAGUAAGAGAUUCAAGACAUGAUUGACCAAGUUUUUAAGUCCAAUUGUGCUAGACUUGUGCUUAAAACUGCACCUUUCCAUCAAUGAAUCUACUCGCAAUUUUUCACUGUGAUAAUAAGGCUUGUUAUGGAUAUAUAGAACAUUUUUUCCUUGAACAUUCAUACUAGGUUUCCACAAAAUGUCUAAUAGAUUUCCCAUUUUAGAU